AUGCCUGUACAAUCUGGUUCAGGUGAGAGCUGUUAUGGACUCCCUAUCAAGAAAAGGCCGGCUGUCAAAGCAUUGAAGUCAGAAGGAUCGCUUGACAGUGGUGUUAAUGGCCGUGAAUUCAACACUGCUUCUAUGCGGCAUAGUAAUGUGGUAGUCUCAUCGAACGUCAUCAUAACAUCUUUGGAGACAAAUGGUUUUUAG